AUGGGAGGUUUCGCCAGAGCACCCGAAGAUAGGCCGACGCCGCCAGAAGUUUACAACUGGAGGGUCUACAUGGCUGCCCUUGUCAUAUCAAUGGGAGUUCUCGCAUAUGGCUAUGAUUCAGCCUUUAUUGGUACUACCAUCACCCACCAGAGCUUCAUACGCGACUUCGGUAUAACACCAGCGAAUAAGAACGAAGUGACUAGUAACAUCACCUCCAUAUAUUCUGCAGGUGGGCUCAUCGGUGCGUUACUUAUGUAUCCAUCCCUCGAGCUCCUUGGUCGUCGUAUGACUGUCGUAAUCUCGGAUACUAUUUUCAUCUUGGGUGCUAUCCUCUGCACUGUUCCUAAGAACCAACUGGGUCUCGUCUUGGCUGGCCGUUUCUUCACUGGUAUGGGUGUCGGUGGUAUCGCAGCCGUCUCUCCCAUCUAUAUCGCCGAGAUCUCGCCGCCAGCUAUUCGUGGUCGUCUCACGGGCUUUUUCGAGUCCUUCUAUCAGACGGGUGCUGUUAUUGGAUUCUGGAUCAACUACGGUAUUGUACACAAUAUGGACAGGAGCAAGUCCGUUGCUUGGCGAAUUCCAAUGGCGGUACAGCUGAUUCCUGCUGGUCUCCUCGCCCUGAUGAUCCCGCUGCUGAAAGAGUCUCCGACAUGGCUGCUGAAGCGUGGUCGUGACGCCGAGGCGCUCAAGUCGUACAGCUACUUUAGAAACCUGCCAGAGGACCAUCCAUAUAUUGCACAAGAUGUUCAAUACGUACGUAACGAAAUCGCAAAGGAACGAGCAGCACUUCUUGUGGGUGAGAAGCACGCCACUUUCAUCAACACCAUUAAGGCUGCUGCCAAAGAAGCGAAGCUACCGGGAAUGCGCAACCGCUUCUUGCUAGUAUUUAUCAUGUUCAUGUGGCAAGCCUGGUCAGGUGCGGCAGCUAUCAACUACUACUCGCCUACCAUAUUUACAUCUAUCGGCUUGUCGGACGUUACGCUCUGGACUGGAGUCUACGGACUUAUAAAAGCUGGCGGUUCCAUUAUCUUCUUUACGUGGUUCAUCGACAAAUUCGGUCGCAAGUGGCCUUGGAUUGUUUCUUCGUUGAUGUGCGCUUUCUGCCAAUACUAUCUCGCUAUCUACAUUGCGCUUGGCAAACCCGUGGUCGGACAGCCCAUGUCUGAGUCAACGGUCGCUGGUGGCAAGGCCGCUACCGCCAUGAUCAUGAUAUUUGGUGCUGCGUGGUCAUUUGGUGCUAAUGGACUUCCCUGGAUCAUCUCUUCGGAGAUCUUCCCCGCAUCCAUGCGGUCCAUAUCGGGACCUUGGGCAGCCGCAUCCGUGUGGAUCUGGACUCUGAUUGUAACGAAGGCCUUGCCCCAAAUGUACACCAGCAUGGAAUGGGGCGUGUACGUCUUCUUCGCCACUUCUCUCAUUUGUGCCAGUAUCUACGCAUUCUUCUUUAUCCACGAUACAAAAGGCCUCCGCAUAGAUCAAAUGGAUCAACUGUUUGGUUUCGAGAAGAGAGAACACUACAUUGCACCCGAGGCUGGCUUUGACUCGAAGAUGGUGGAUGAUGACAGCGAGCACCAUGAGAAGAUGGCCAGCACACGGACUGAGGCUGUGUAA